AUGGCAUCACAGCAACGAUCCUCCACGUCCGCCCUCACGACUUCCCUUCCCUCCGCAUACGCCGCCAACGCAGAUCAACUCGUGAAUCCGUCCCCUCUGCCCUCGGAGGAAGAGCAAGAAAAGUUCCUAUCCGGCCGACCCCGCGCCACACCGCAACACUUAGGAAUUGCCCUUCAGCAUGCACAUCAGAUCCAAGCCCAAAAGGACACCGAAACAAUGAUUUUGGACCGGAUCAUUGAGCUUCUGGAGCUGCCUUCCUCUCCGAAUGCCGACCCAGCGGCCCCGUCUCCCGCCGAUGCAAAAGCCUUCAAAUCUGCCAUGACAAUCUUUCGCGCCAGCGACUACGACAGCCUCAUCAUGGAACGCAACAAUGAGGGAAAUUGUGGCUACACACUCUGUCCCCGCGAACAUCGCCCAGAACGAGGCAGAAACCAAUUGUUUCAAUUUAAAUGGGGUGCAAAAGGCAGUGGUCCCGGUGGACGCGGUCGCAGCAUGGAUAUUGUCCCGCGCGACAAGUUACAGAAAUGGUGCUCUGAGGCCUGUGCCGAGAGAGCCUUGUUCAUCCGCGUCCAACUCACUGAAUCGCCCGUUUGGGAACGACGAGCGGGUGAAGGUCGCAGUGCAGCAAUUGAACUCUUGGAAGAAGCUCGCGCCAAACGGCCCCGACGCCGAACCGACGCCGCGCCGUCGGCGACAUCGGUGGCGGCGGAUCUAGGGAAAAUGAAGAUUCAGGACCCCCAGCGCGCACACGAGCUUGCUGUGGAGCGUGGAGACGCCAAUUUGCCAUAUCACGGAGGGCGCAUGGAUGUUCAGAUCAAAGAGAACGAACGGAGUCAUACUUCAUCGGCAAGUGCACCUCAGUGGCGACCAGAAGACGCCAAGGGAGGCUCGAUCGAGGGAUAUGUGCCCCAGGAUCGACGGGACCAUGACGAGAUGGACCUGGAUCACGGCGAUUUGCUGGAGCAGAUCUAG